AUGAAAUCUACCGAAUUUUUAACGUUAGAUAGUUUUUUACUACAUUUCUCAAUAUUUUUAACGCAAGAAAACAACCGCCGCAACGAACCACAACAACCGACGCCCUCGCACGGGAAUUUCCAGUGGGGUGGCUGUGGCGAUGACGUCACGUUUGGGGUUUUGUUUAGUAAGUGGUUCACUGACGUGCCCUGGGUCAAUGAGAGGGCUUCGAAAAAGUUUCUUGUCAAUCUACAUAACAAUGCCGUGGGUAGAAAGUUGACGUCAGAGAGUCUGGCAGUCACGUGCAAGUGCCAUGGCGUUUCCGGGAGUUGUUCCCUUAAAACUUGCUGGUACGCUCUGCCGAAUGCCAAGGCCAUUGGUUUGAAGCUGCAGAAAAAAUAUUUCUCCUCUGUCGAAGUCAACAUGAAAUUGGACAAGCGGAUGAGAAAGAGGAGCUCGCUUCCGUUAGUCUCCGUCCUACCAACUCGGAAAUACGUGGACGAAGACGAGCUCAUCUUCUCGACAAUAUCUCCGGACUACUGCUCUCCGGAUGUCAGCGUGGGAUCCGUUGGGACCGAGGGAAGAGUGUGUGAUGUAGACAGUACCGGGACAAAAGGUUGCAGGUCAAUGUGUUGUGGCAGGGGUUACACGGUCGAAGUUCAAGAGGUCAAAUAUAGGUGCGAGUGCAAAUACCACUGGUGCUGUUAUGUCAAAUGUCGGACUUGCCUCAAAUCCAUCCAAGUCUACAGAUGCAGAUGA